CGAUGCACGCCAUUAACGGCCAACUUUGUAUCCCGCCCCCUCCCCCAUUGGUCUCGUCAUUAUAGCAUCAUCCAUAAACAUCACACACACACGCUCACCACAUCCCAGCGGAAAACUCACUCAAAGAUCCAUCCGUAACCGACUGUAACCCACAAGCGUCAACAUCCACCAUGGCUCAGGACCCCCCCGCCGAGAUGCGCCGCUGGCAGGUGGCCAGCCCGGGUGCCUUAAUCAAGGGCCUCACUCUCACCACCGGCCCCGCGCCCGCCGCCUCCGCCCUCAAGCCGGACCAGGUGCUCGUCCGCGUCGUCGCCGCCGGUAUCAACCCGGUCGACUACAAGUUCCUGGAGCUCGGAGUCGUCGCCAGGGCCUCGAUGUCCUUCCCCUGGACGCCCGGGCUGGACUACUCCGGCCACGCCGUCGCCGUCGGCUCCGCCGUCGUCGACGUCAAGCCCGGCGACGCUGUCUUCGGCCGCAUCGACUUCGCGACCGCGCAGGGCACCCUGAGCGAGUACAUCAUCGCCGGCCGCGAAGGCGUCGCCGCCCUCCCCGGCGCCAAGGACGCCGACCUCGAGAAGGCCGCCGGCGUCGGCACGGCCGGCCUCACGGCCUACCAGACCAUCGUGCCCUACGCCAAGGCCGGCGACGAGGUCUUCAUCAACGGCGGCUCCGGCGGCUGCGGCACCUAUGGCAUCCAGAUCGCAAAGGCCGUCGGCUGCCGCGUCACCGUCACGUGCUCCACGGCAAAGGUCGACCUGUGCCGCUCCCUCGGCGCCGACGAUGUCAUCGACUACCGCACCGCCGACGUCGUCGCUGCCCUGCGCGCGCGCGGCCGCGUCUUCGCCCUCAUCGUCGACAACAUCGGCAACGCACCGCGGAACCUGUACAAGGCGGCCGACGACCUCCUCCUGCCCGGCGGCCGCUACAAGUUCGUCGGCGGCAACCUCUCCCUCGCCCUCGUGCCCAGCCUGCUCCUGCCGGGCUUCCUCGGCGGCGCGAAGAACAAGUUCGAGGCCUUCGUCACCAAGAACUCGCACGACGACCUGGCGCAGAUGGCCGCGUGGAUGGCCGAGGGCAAGGUCCGGACCGUCGUCGACUCGACCUUUGAGUUUGAGGACGUCGUCAAGGCGUACGAGAAGCUCAAGGGGGGGUCCUCCACAGGCAAGAUUCUGGUGCGUGUCGCGAAGAAGGCCUGAUGACUGUCGCGGUUGAGUCGCGAGGGCGAAGUUCCUCGACCGAUAGUGACGUUUGCCUCUGAAUCUCCCUCGCGACGGUUGUUUUGAGCUCGUCACUCCUGGCCUGGCUGCCUGUCCUGUUAUUGUUUCUUUCC